GUGCUCCUCUUCACCAGGUAUCCAUACCCCGCCCUGGCAGAGAAGGUGGGAGGCAUCAUACUGAGGCGAGUGGUGACCGUCAUGCAAGAUCUAGCAAUAUUUGGAGCAGCUGUACCGUUCAUGCUCCUUGCUUCAGAGACCCUGCAGCAGUUAGUGGAGAAGCUGGCAGGACUUAAUUUCUCCUUCUGUUACUGGUUGCUGAUCACCACCAUCAUCCUCACACCGCUCCUCUGGCUGGGCACACCAAAGGACCUGGGUGUGGUGACGUGGAUUGGAGCCUCGUCAGUAGUGCUUGUGAGCAUCUUAACACUCGUAGGUUUAAUUCUUGAUGCUCCUGACACAAGUGAUCCAGCCCCAGUGACUCCCUCUCUGGCUGCUGCCGCGUAUUGUUUUGCUGCCGUAGCAUUCCAGUUUGACAUUCACCCAAUGAUCCUGACUGUGCAGAUGGACAUGCGUCAGAAGCAUCGCCUACCACAUGCUCUCGUAGUUGCUUUUAUUGGCAGUGUGUGUCUGUUUGUGAGUCUCUCUGUUGCUGCCUUUGUUAUCUUGGGGUCAUCUGUUAAGGCCAACAUCCUCAACAACCUCUCUGCCGGUCCUCUUCUAUACGUCAACAUGGCCAUUGUCUCCAUGCAGCUGCUCCUCUGCCUGGUGCUCGGGAUCAACACACUUUUCCAAGACCUUGAGAAUUCCCUUCAUAUUCCUGACGAGUUUGGUUGGCGACGCAUCUGUCUACGCACAACAGUCAUGCUACUCGUUCUCUUUGUGUGUGAAUCUAUUCCACAUUUUGCUGUUGCUAUUGAGCUGGUCGGCGGUCUUCUUGUCACACCCUUUAUAUUUAUCUUCCCUCCAGCCUUCCACAUCCUUAUUAAGCAUAAAGCUAGUGGCCGCGUGGAUGUGAGAGACGUUGUGUUAGCUGCCAAUAUCAUGUGUCUGGGAGCUGUUGGAUGCAUCGCGGCAACUGUUGAGAGCUUUAUUCAGGUGGUCAAGCUAAAGGAAUUUGCUCCCCCAUGUUAUAUCAAUAUCACUGCAGCUUCAGCUAUAACAGAUUCAACAGGAUUUCCUAAUCCAUAAUAGAUUGUUCUCAUGAGUGAGUAUUUGAUGUUUGGUCAUAUUUCAACGUCUCUCCUAAGCUUUUGGGAAAUAUCAUCUGUGAGGCUAAAUUUUUAUAAAGAUUAUAAGAAAUGUCAGAGAAAUACACUAGCACUAAGAAAAAUAUACCACAGGAUAUUUUGCCAUCUUCAUUUUCCCAAAAAGCUGCAAGUACUGUAUUAAACUUGUGACAUUACAACAAGAAAAAAGGUUAACCCCCUAAAGUACAGUAAAACGUCGAUAUAACACGAGAUACGUUCCAAGAGAGGUCGCUUUAAACAGAAUUCGCACUAAAUCGA